UAUUCAUCCCUUGUUGGGAAAUGGGUGCGUCUCCACUAUCCACUCCUUGGAUGUCGUCGUUGUCGUCUUUUCACUUGGCUUUGAAGAAAACUUCAAGUUGAAAGAGCCUUUAAAAGUCUCCACAAGAAAGAAACUUCCUUAACAAAAAGAAACACCUUCUUGCAUUAAAAAAGAAGAGCUUUCUAUAAGUGAAGAGAUUGUUUUGAUUGAAUUUCUUUGUAGAAAACAAAAAACUAUAGUUUCUUGUCUUUGUGAGAGAUCUUAGGACACCAUGGCAUCUCAGGAACACUUGGACAAGAUGCAGUUACGACAGAAUUAUAGAAAUCUCUGGCACACUGAUUUAAUGGGCACCAUUCAAGCUGAUGCCCCAUAUUGCUGCUUGGCUUGUUGGUGUGGGCCAUGUGUAUCGUACCUGCUCCGCAAACGAGCACUUUACAAUGACAUGUCAAGGUAUGUUUGUUGUGCUGGUUACAUGCCAUGUAGUGGCAGGUGUGGUGAAAGUCGUUGCCCUGAACUUUGUCUCGCCACGGAGGUAUUCCUUUGCUUUGGAAAUUCAGUGGCCUCUACUCGUUUUAUGUUGCAAGAUGAAUUCAACAUUCAGACAACACGGUGUGAUAAUUGCAUUAUUGGUUUUAUGUUCUGCCUCCAACAAAUUGCAUGCAUAUUUUCUAUAGUUGCGAUGAUUGUUGGAAGUGGAGAAAUUCAAGAGGCUUCUCAGUUGCUAUCUUGUUUGGCUGAACUGGUGUACUGCACGGUUUGUGCUUGUAUGCAGACACAACACAAGGUUGAAAUGGACAAAAGAGACGGCAUGUUUGGGCCACAACCAGUGAUGGCAGUGCCCCCUAUUCAGCAGAUGUCACGCAUUGAUCAGGCAAUUCCUCCCUCAGUUGGAUAUCCACCUCAGGGAUAUGGACAGCCCUAUGGUUAUCCACCCCAGGCCCAAGGCUACCCUGCAGCAGGCUAUCCUCCACCUGCUUAUCCUCCAUCAAACUAUCCACCAUCUGGCUAUCCAAAGUGAUCUUUUCACUGUGAUAAAUGUUGGCUUGCAAUCUCAGACAACCAUUUCAAUGUGGCUAGUAUUGGUUUGGAGGUGAUAAAACGUUCGAACUUCAGAGUUGAGUGUGAAAUGGGGAAAUAAAUGAGCUGGUUCUUAUCUUUACUUUGCAUGAGUAUAUGAAUUGGUAAAUUGUGCGUGCGUUGACUGUGCAUUAAGACAUAGAAAUGAGUUGAGUGUGAAAUGGGAAAUAAAUGAGCUGGUUCUUAUCUUUA